GGAAGGGAGGUGCCCCUGGGACCGGCUGCUUCAAGGGGAUGGGACUGGGGAAGGCACCGGGCAGGGGGCUGGGGGAGCGGGGUGCGCUGGGCAGGGUGGCUCCAGUCCUGGUGCUGGUCCCGGUGACCUUGCCAGCCUCGGUUCCUAUCCCCGACCCGGUACCUAUGCCAGCAUUGGUCUUGCUCGCAGUUCCGGUCCCAGUACCAAUCCCUGGGCCGGUGCUGGUCCCGGUUCCUGUCCAGGUCCGAGUCCUGGUCCCCCUUCCGGUUUCGGUUCCAGUGCCGGUCUCGGUGCCGGUCCCGUUCCCAGUUCCACUGCCAGUCCCUGUCCUGGUGUCGGUGCCAGUCCCGGAAUCAGUCCCAGUCCCAGUGGCGAUCCCGGAUCCCGGUUCCCACCCCCGUGGCGGCGCUGAUGCCCGUCUCGGUGCCAGUGCCAGUCCAAUUCCCAGUCCCGCUGCCGGGCCGGUGCCGAUUUCAGAAUCAGUCGCUGUCCCAGUGCCGGUGCCGGUUCCGGCGGCAGCAGCGCGCGGCCAGAGGCGGGGCGGAGCGGGGCCGCGGAGCGGGGAGCCCGGGGGCGGUCCCGCGCGGGCCCUACUUAAGGCGGCGGCGGGCGGCGACCGCGGCCGGGGCCGCCGCCUCCCCCGCGGGGCGCGGAGCGGGGCCCGCCGCCGCCCGCCGUGGAUUUCGGGGACCCGCGCGAGGCGUUCCGCAGCAAGAGCAACGCGGAGCUGCUGCGGGGGCUAGUGGUGCUAGGGCUGUGCGCCGUGGAGCCGCUGGUGCAGCACAACCGGGAGCUGCUGCAGUUGUGCCAGCGAUUGCUGGGGCAGACGCUCUUCGAGCGGCUGAUGAAGAUGACGUUCUACGGGCAGUUCGUGGCCGGGGAGGACCAGGAGGCCAUCAAGCCGCUGCUCCGGCGGAACCAGGCCUUCGGCGUGGGCGCCGUGCUGGAUUACAGCGUGGAGGAGGACCUGGGCGACGGCCGGUGCGUUUCUCAGAGGUGCUGGAAAAGUGGCGGAGGUUCUUCCACCAAAUGGCUGCAGAGGAGGGCCAGGCCGGGCGGGCAGUGCUGGACACAAAGCUGGAGGUGGAGAAGCUGCAGGAGGCACUGGCUAACCUUGGCAUUGCAAGCAAGGCAGAGAGCCAGCAGUGGUUCACAGGCGAGAACCUGGGCACGAGCGGCACUGUGGACCUGCUGGACUGGAAUAGCCUGUUUGACAGCCGCACCAAGCUCUCCAGGCCUCUGCUCAUCCCCAACAGGAAGACUGGGCAGCUGGAGCCUCUGCUCUCACGCUUUAGUGAGGAGGAGGAGCUGCAGAUGAAGAGGGUGCUGCAACGCAUGGAUGUCCUUGCAAAGAGAGCCAUGGAGAAGGGCGUGAGGCUGAUGGUAGAUGCAGAGCAGAGCUACUUCCAGCCGGCCAUCAGCCGCCUCACCGUGGAGACGCAGCGCCGCUUCAACGGGAGCCAGCCCAUCAUCUACAACACCUACCAGUGCUACCUGAAGGAGGCGUACAACAAUGUGACAAGGGACUUGGAGCUCUCACGCCGGGAGGGCUGGCAUUUCGGCACCAAGCUGGUGCGUGGCGCCUACAUGGAGCAGGAGAGGGAGAGGGCAGCUCAGAUGGGCUAUGAGGAUCCCAUCAACCCAACCUAUGAGAAGACCAACGAGAUGUACCACAGGUGCCUGGACUAUGUCCUGGAGGAGAUCAAGCACAGCCGGAAAGCCAGUGUGAUGGUGGCGUCCCACAACGAGGACACCGUGAAGUUCGCCCUGCGCAGGAUGAUGGAGCUGGGGAUCCAUCCCUCGGACAAGAAGGUGUGCUUUGGGCAGCUGCUAGGCAUGUGUGACCAGAUCACCUUCCCCCUGGGCCAGGCUGGUUUCCCCGUGUACAAGUACGUGCCCUACGGGCCAGUGAACGAGGUGCUGCCUUACCUGUCCCGCCGGGCCCAGGAGAACAGGGGCUUCAUGCAGCGGGCGAAGCGUGAGCGGGACCUGCUCUGGAAGGAGGUCAAGAGGCGUCUCCUCACAGGGAACCUCUUCGGCCACUGAGGAGCCUCAGCCCUGGGGCUCCUGUACCUUCACCCUGAACCACUGUCACCAUUCCCCAUCCCAGUUCUGCUGCAGCUCCCCCAGCCCCCUUUGCCCUGGGAGAGAAGUGUCCUUGUUGCUGUUGAACCAGUUACACCUUCGGUGGCCUCUGGGAUCACCCCCACUGGCACUGCUCCAGGGAUGUCCCUCUGCCAUCCCACGGCCUCUCGAGCUGUCCCUGGGGAGAUGCUGGGGCUCUCCUGCCAGCCUGCCCUGUGCCUUGAUGAACACUGUCCCAGUGUUUUUUCCCUGGCAGGAUUGCACAGGGUGAUUUAUCCACUUGCCUUGUGCCCAUGGGCUCAGGUCCAGGUGGGCUGGGUGACUUGGGGACAAGCUGGCCUCAGCCAGAAGCUCCUCCAGCCUCUGCCAGGGUUGGAACUUAGCCUCCACCUGACCUUUGAAGGGGCAGGAUCAGCCCCCGUUGCCUGUCCCAGACAGCCACCUGCCUGCUCACUGGCUUUGCACUGACCAGAGCUGGGCAGGUCCACGCUCUCCCCCAUCCCACUGGGAUAAGCUGCCUGGGGUUGUCCAUCCUCAGGCACACGUCCGAUGGAGCAGGAGGGGUGAGGGGAGUGGGCUGGCCCCAUCCCUGUACCACUUCUGCCCACAGUGCCUGGUUCUAAUGAUGGACCACGGCAGUGGGAGCACCAGGAGCUGGACCACAACUUGUCUCUGCUGUACACUGGAUUUGUAGAGAAUGGAAGUUAUUAAAGCACAACUGUUCCUGC